AUGUUUGGGCUAACUAUGAACCCGUUUGUGGCUGGGUCGGUUAUGGUUGUCGCGGGCAUCUUGUACUGGCUUGGCUGGAUUAUAUACUGCCUCUGGUUCCACCCACUUGCAAAAUAUCCAGGACCUAAAAUCGCCGCUGUGUCUGGGGUAUGGUUUAUCUGGGCUUGGACAAGCGGGAGAUUCCCUCACAUUCUCGAGGGAGUUCAUAAGAAGCACGGUGACGUAGUGCGCAUAGCUCCCAAUGAGCUAUCCUUUAGCACGAUCCAAGCCCAUCGAGACAUCUACUCGACCCCAUCGAAAACACGGAAACCAUUUCUCAAGUGUAGCAAGUUCUACAAUAACGGGGACGCGCCUAAUCUCUUCUACGAAAUCGACCCGGUCGAACAUGCUAAGAUGCGAAAGAUGCUGGCCCCCGGUUUCACCGGCGGAGCGAUGAAGUCCCAUGAACAUGUCAUACAUCGCUACGUUGACAUGUUCGUCCGCAAACUUGCCGAGCUCAGCGCCGCGAGUUGCGGGAAGGGUGUCGAUGUGACGGAAGCCGUGCCUUGGUUAACAUUUGAUGUUAUGGGCGAACUAACCUUCAGUGAAUCCUUCAACGCCGUCGCAGCCGGAAAAACACAUUUCUGGAUCUCGUUACUCAACGACAGCGCGUACGCCGCCAGCCUACCGCCUCUAAUCAGUCGAGCGCCCGCCCUCGCACUGCUGAUCCCAUUCCUACUCUCCAUAACCUCAUUAUGGAAUCUGCGGAAGCAUUACGCAUACACGCUAGCAAUCGUGCGGCGCCGCAUUGCCCGUCCCCCUUCUUCGGGUAGUGAUCUCUUCGCCCCGGUGCUAGAGCAGAAUGGAGAACGGGUAAGUGAAAAAUAUCUAGUAUCCCUAGCCCAAGCAAUGAUUAUCGCCGGAGCCGAUACGGUUACCACGGCUAUGACGUCCGCAUUGUAUUUCCUGUGCACCUCGCCUAAGAGUAUGGCGCGGCUGCGGGAUGAAGUGCGGAGUUUGCGGUAUGAGCAGUUAGACGGCGGGGAGGUUGCGCGGCUCGGGUAUCUGAACGCUGUUAUUGAGGAAUCUAAAAUCGUUGGGAUGUCUGCAGUGAGAUGCUUCCCACCCAUCGCCUUCGGAUUACCGCGCGUCUCACCCGGCGAAACUAUCGACGGGCACUUCAUCCCGAAGGGUGUUAGAGUCUCGGCCGGCCAUUGGGUGCUUAAUCGGAAUCCUUUGAUUUGGGACAGGGCUUAUGAGUUUAUCCCCGAGCGAUGGUUGAGAAAUGAUGAUGGGGAUGAUAAGUUGCAAAAUGGCGCACAGCCUGCGAUUUUUCCCUUCAGUACCGGGCCUAGGAGCUGUCUAGGAAUUGCGCAGGCUAAUUUGGAAGUAAGGAUCGCCUUGGCGAAGUUGGUUCAUACUUUUGAUAUGCAGGUAGCCCAGGACCCUGGCGAUUGGAUUGACGCUGCUCGGAUGAAUAUGAUGUGGAAGAAAGCGCCUUUCAUGGUGAAUUUCAUUCCUCGCGAUGGGGGCGACUUUAACAAAAAUGAGAAAUAG